AUGUUGUCUAUGAUUAACCGUAUCCUCGAUUGGUUUCGGAGUUUGUUCUGGAAGGAGGAGAUGGAGCUCACAUUGGUUGGUCUACAGAGUUCUGGCAAAACCACUUUUGUAAAUGUGAUUGCCGUAAGUUGAUAUGGCUUGUUUAUUUGUUGGCUUUUAGAGUGGACAGUUCAUGGAAGAAGGAUCGAUUCCAACUGUUGGCUUUAAUAUGAGGAAGAUCACUAAGGGCAACGUCACUAUCAAGGUAUGGUUUUACUUUGGUGUUUUGAAAUACUUCCGAUUAUUUCAAUUUUGGAUUAGUUUCAUGGACGCAUGAAAAGAAUGGUGUCUAAUUUGGUAUGCAUAAUCUCAAUUUGUUGUUCUUAAGAGUUUUUAUUGUAUUUAAACGUUUUUUCUUUUUAGCUAUGGGAUAUUGGAGGUCAGCCAAGGUUUAGAUCGAUGUGGGAGCGUUAUUGCCGAGGAGUGAACGCUAUUGUUUUCAUGGUUGAUGCCGCAGAUGAAGAGAAGCUAGAAGCUGCCAAGAAUGAGCUCAUGCAAUUGUUGGAGAAGUCACAGUUGGAAGGAAUUCCAGUUCUUGUUUUAGGUAACAAAAAGGACUUGCCAAACGCGUUAGACGAACGAGAAUUAAUAGAAAAACUGUAAGUUUGAUUGCUUGAUAUAUCGAUGUGUUUAGGUCGUUAAACAACAUCCAGAACCGAGAGAUUUGCUGUUAUUCGAUUUCAUGUAAAAACAAGUCUAACAUUGGUACGUUUUUCAUUUUUCAAAGAUAUUUAAGAACUUUUUUAAGGUAACGUGUUUUUGUAGUUCUAGUUUAAAAAUGGUGUUUAGUAAUUUGUUCAGAAUUUCAAGAUAUGAAGAAAUGAACAGUUACUCGGUAAAAUACGUCGACUUAAUUUUGACCUUCAACAUACAAUGUAAAUUCUGUUCUUUACACUUUAUAAUCUAAAACCUUUAGAUAUCACGCUGCAAUGGCUUAUCCAACAUUCCAAGAGUCAGCGUUGA